CCAGUCAUUUGCUGAGUACUUUUCUUCACCAGUCGCUAAGUUUCCUCGCGCUUUUCAUUGUACGCAGAACUUCAAUUCUGUGUCGGCAACUCCAUAUAACGACAUAUCGUCAAUUAAGCGGGCUACGUACGACUCCUGACACUUGCACGCCCACAGGCUACAUACCAGCAUCAUGGCUUCCGGUCCGAUUACAACACCGUUCACGACCCUCAUGGGCAUUAAGCAUCCCGUGGUGCUCGCAGGCAUGGCUCGCGUGUCUGGCGGAGAGCUCGCUGCGGCCGUGUCCAACGCUGGCGGCCUCGGCAUCAUUGGCGGUCUCCAAUAUACCCCGGACCAGCUCCGCGAAAUCAUUGCCGAAAUGAAGGCCAACUUUGCCCGGCCCGAUUUACCAUUUGGCGUUGACCUAGCGAUCCCCAAGGUGGGCGGCAACGCGCGGAAGACGAAUCACGACUAUACUCACGGCAAACUCGAUGAACUGAUCGAUAUUACUAUUGAGAGCGGUGCUAAGCUGUUCGUAUGUGCCAUUGGACUCCCAUCAAAGCGCAUCAUCGAUAAGCUCCACGACAAUGGCGUGUUGGUCAUGAACAUGGUCGGACACCCUAAGCACGCGGUCAAGGCUCUAGAUCUCGGCGUCGAUAUGGUAUGUGCGCAGGGCCACGAAGCCGGCGGGCACACCGGAGAUAUCACGACGUCUAUCCUAAUACCCGCCGUCGUGGACAUUGCCCGCAACUAUAAGCCCCCGAUGCUAAAGGGUUCUACCGCCCUUGUUCUUGCCGCAGGUGGUAUCAGCAACGGCCGUGGUCUCGCGAGUUCGUUAAUGCAGGGGGCUACUGCCGUUUGGGUAGGCACGCGAUUCGUGGCAUCGACCGAGGCCAAUACCAGUGAGGAGCACAAGCAAGCGGUAGUGGCCUGCGACUACCACGAGACCGAGAGGACACUCGUCUUGUCGGGACGACCCCUGAGGAUGCGGCCAAACGACUACAUCAAGAGAUGGCACAGCCAGCCGCAAAAGGUUCAGGCACUAUGCAGCCGGGGCGUCGUUCCUAUAGAGCAGGAUCUCGAGCAAGGAGUAGAGGACAUCGACAUCCCGCACUUUAUGGGUCAAGUGGCUGGAUCGGUCAAGCGGAUACAGCCGGCAGCAGAGAUUGUACAAGAAUUUAUUGACGAGGCUGUCGACAUGCUGGAGCUGGGCGCGGUGUACCUCACAGCCAGCAGUAAGCUUUGA